GAAAGGCUCGCUCGCAUCCUGAACUACUCGUGCUGAGACAAGUUAAAUUCAUCUAGCGCUCAUAGUCAGCUUUCUUUGUGCCCCUUGUUGUUUUAUGGGAUACGUGAGAAUUUAAAAGCUAAUCCGGAACAUCACUUCGGAGGCAUAGAAAACCUGCCUUUCGAGUUGCAGAGGAACUUCAAUUUGAUGAGGGAUCUAGAUCAACGCACAGAGGAUCUUAAAGGCCAGAUAGACUCUUUGGCUAAAGAAUACACCGCCAAUGCCCGGACUCUCUCCUCUGAGCAAAAGCUGUCCAUACUGAGGCAGAUUCAGCAGUCAUACAGUAAAUGCAAGGAGUUUGGAGAUGAUAAGGUGCAGCUGGCCAUGCAGACCUAUGAAAUGGUCGAUAAACAUAUCAGACGUCUGGACACGGACCUGGCUCGGUUUGAGGCUGACCUGAAGGAAAAGCAGAUCGAGAGCACGGACUAUGAUUCCACCUCUAGUAAGGGAAAGAAAGGAGAUUCCCGGCAAAAGGAGAAGAAGGCAGCUAAAACAAGGUCUAAAGUGAAGAGUUCAGAUGAAGAUGGCAGUCCUAAGAGUGCACAGAAGAAAGUGAAACUCCUUCAGCCAGGAGAAUUCAACAACCCUUCUUCAAACUUUGGGAAUGUGCACCCAUCUGAUGUGCUGGACAUGCCAGUGGACCCUAACGAGCCCACCUACUGCCUAUGUCAUCAGGUCUCCUAUGGCGAGAUGAUCGGCUGUGACAACACUGAUUGCUCCAUUGAGUGGUUCCAUUUCGCAUGUGUGGGUCUGACAACCAAACCAAGAGGCAAAUGGUACUGUCCACGGUGCUCUCAGGACAGAAAGAGAAAAUAAGCACGCCUGGUUGUCCUGGAACAAAACAUGGACUCUGAUUAGAUGGAAAAUGAGAAGAAUAUUUCUUCAUUAGUUACUAGAACUUUUUGUUUGUCAUCUUUCUUAACAGUUGGUGCUUUUUUUUUUUUUUUUUUUUUUGAUUUAUGUACUUGCCUUGGUCUGAUGCAGAGUGUUUGAAGGAGUGAAGUGGUUACAAA